AUGCCUUCUUUGAAAGAAUUGGAUUUCUUGGAGUUUCUGAGAAGAUGUAUGCUGCUGUUUCACAUCAGAAUCUACGAACUAUACAACAAAAGUGAUCUGACAAAACAGUUACUGGCUUCGAAUUGGUCAAAAUGUAUAACAUUAAUAUUUACUUAUACCUUUAUCGCAAUCAUUACACAUCAAAUACUCAUGCUAAUGGGACGCCAUCUAGGAUUAAUAUCAAGACAUACGGAUGUGUUCAUUGAAACUCCGACCCAUUGCUCACAUGUUUACGUUUCUGUCAACGUCAUCCAGAAUAGACCGAAAAGAGAGCUUUUGAGUCGGCCCAUAGUAUACUACAUCGAAUUUGGUCCUGACGAUUAUGAAGAUCCGGAUCUAGGAACCACGCUUGGCUUUCUACGCAGGAAACUUUUAGCGCUUUUGCGAGAGAACGAGCUUUUGACUAAGCAUAAUCAAAAAUUGAAUUAUAUCCAAUGUGAUAAGUUGGAAAUCUUCAAAAAGGAGCGCUUGCUAACUGACGAUGGAGAAUUUCUCUGUAAUAUGGAUGUUAACACAGGCGAUAAGCUCACUUGUAUUGCCCUGAUUUAG